CUUCAAAAAAAUUCAAAAUACCUUUGGUACCCUUCACAACAAAUACCAUGGACGACAUACAAAAGUAUUUGGAGCUCCUACGGUUUUUACACAUGCAGAAGAAGUAGCAUUUGUAAAAUCAUUUGUCAAGUGUGGAUAUCUUGAUCAGAUUGGUCGGAAAGUCAAUAGAUUUGUCAAUAACGUUCCUGGUAACGACUGGGCACGUUCUUUUUUAAAACGACAUGUAAAAGAUAUUGGUCAACGAUUUGCUUCAAACAUCACACGUUCACGUUCAGAAGUUAGUCGAUUAACGAUUGAGGAAUACUUUAACAAUCUCAACACUACUUUAGCAAAUGUUCUUCCAUCAAAUAUUUUCAAUUUUGAUGAGACAAAUCUUUCUGAUGACCCCGGAAAAAAAAAAUAUUUAUUUUCUAGAGGUAUGAAAUAUCCUGAAAGAAUAAUUAAUCAUUCAAAAAGUGCUACAUCUAUGAUGUUUUGCUGCUCUGCGUCAGGUGUAUUAUUACCACCAUACUUUAUUUAUCGAGGAGAAUGUAUGUGGGACACAUGGACUGAGAAUGGACCAAAAGGAUAUCCAUGUUGCAAUGAAAGUUGUUGUCGAUUUGGUUCAGCAUACAACCGUACAAAACAUGGCUGGAUUGAUACACCCACAUUUGCUGACUGGUUCAUAAAAUCAUUUCUCCCACAUGCCAAAAAAUUGCCAGGUAAAAAAGUUAUAUUGGGUGAUAACUUGGCAUCACAUUUUAAUAUUGAAGUUAUUCGUUUAUGCGAAGAAAAUGAUAUUAGUUUUGUAUGUUUACCUAAGAAUGCUACACAUUUAUGCCAACCGCUGGAUGUAGGGGUUUUUAGGGCAUUAAAAGAAGCUUGGAGAAAUAAAUUAACACAGUACAAACUAUCACACCCUUCAUGUAAAGUUGUUCCUAAAUCUGAAUUUGCUAGUCUAGUAAAAGUUACUUUAGAAAAAAUGGACAGUAUAAGAGUUCUAAAUAAUGAAGAGGAAUCUGGUAUCAAAAGAGUGAUUUUAAAAGGACUUGAAGCUACAGGAAUAUACCCAUUUAAUCCUCAGAAAGUUCUAGAGAAACUACCAUAUGAUACAAAUAAUAUUCAAGAAAUAGUCAAUGAUACUUAA